GUUCCCUAGUGCAGAGAGAAAUUAAAGAACAGACUUAAGGGAACUAAAGCAAGAGGCUACAGCUAGCCCCAACAACAAAUGAAGAGAAAUUAUUUUUCUUAAAUCUACUUUUUUGCAGCAUCUCAUGCAUCAUCCAGACGGAAGAAGUGAGGGGGCAGAAAAUCAACCACCAGCAAUGAAGGAAGAGAAAGAGGUGCCCACAGCCCUGGAUGGAGGCUGGGGAUGGAUGAUUGUGCUUCACUUCUUUCUGGUAAAUGUGCUCGUGAUGGGAAUGCUGAAAACCUUUGGAAUUUUCUUUGUGGUCUUUCAAGAAGAGGUGGGAGGCUCUUCGGAACAAACCAGUUGGAUCGGCUCCAUCAUGUCCUCCCUCCGCUUCUCAGCAGGUCCACUGGUCACUAUAUCCUGUGGGAAGCUUGGGGACCAGCUGACCUCCAUCAUUGGAGCAGGCCUAGUCUGCAGUGGUUGUCUGAUUAGCACACAAGCCACUAGUAUCUCCUUCCUGUGUGUGUCUAUGGGACUUCUGUUGGGGCUGGGCUUUGCUUGCUUGUACCAGGCAGCUGCUGUGAUGACUGCCAGGUACUUUAAGAAGCGACUGGCUUUAGCUAAUGCAAUUGCCCGCUCAGGAAUGGGACUGACAUUUGUACUAGCACCUUUCACUCAACUUCUGAUAGAUUUUUAUGGUUGGCAAGGUACCCUACUGAUUUUUGGAGGGGUCAUGUUAAACCUUAUACCUUCUAGUAUGUUACUGCGACCUAUUAACACCAAGAAUCUCCAGGACAUUUCUGGUAGAAAUGAAGACAAUGGAUCAUUAACACACAGUAAACAUCCAGCAACUCUUACAAGCCACCUUGAUGAGAUCAGCACCACAGAAACACAGUUUAAUACUAGACUGGUUUCUGCUAUGCAAGAUUCCACUGUCACAAAAAGGGUCCAGUCAGCUGGAUCAUUAGGAUCACUAGUUCCACAGAACUCAGCUGGUUUGGAAGUGCCUGGGAGAGAGACCCCCAACAGCUGCUCUCCUGGGGGAGCCACUGACAGGGACUGUGGCUAUAACUUCCCAUUGCAAAAGGAAGGGAAUUCCAACUCUCAACCCACUCCCAGAAGACAGCCUCUUCUUGAUUUCUCUCUGCUAAAAGAUCCCUUCUUCUUUAUUUUUGCCUGGUCAUUUUUGUUCAGCCAGCUGGCCUACUUCAUUCCAACCUUUCAUCUGGCAGCAAGAGCCAAAACCCUGGGCAUAGACAGCAUGGAUGCCUCCUACCUCAUUUCAGUGGCUGGGAUUAUAGAGACAGUCAGCCAAUUGCUCUCUGGCUGGAUUGCUGAUCAGAACUGGAUCAAGAAGUAUCAUUACCAUAAGACUUACCUUAUUCUGUGUGGCAUCACUAACCUGCUGGCUCCUCUGGCCACAUCUUUCCCAUUACUUAUGGUCUAUGCAGGAAGCUUUGCCAUUUUCUGUGGUGGAUACUUGGCUCUGCUGCUCCCUGUGCUGGUGGAUCUUGUAGGUGUCCCCAGACUCCACAGUUCUUUAGGAUUUGCCUCAUUCUUUGCUGGGAUAGCUGUCAUCGCUGGACCGCCUAUUGCAGGUUGGCUAUAUGACUACACUCAGACAUAUGCCUGCUCCUUCCUCUUUGCUGGAACCUGUUAUCUCAUCGCACCCAUUUCCUUUUUCUUUGAGCCUAUGGCCUACAAACGGAAACUACAGAAAGAAGUGCAAGUCCUUUGAGCAAUCGCUUAGUGGAGAGGCUCCGCUGCAGUGGAAAGAAAAGGGUUGAUUUCAGAUCCUUAGGACAGACUUUUCACUAAUUAAUAAAAGACUGCAGAAAACGAAAACUAAGAUGUGUGGCAACAGAAGAUUUCAGUGACCUUAUUCAUAAAUGUUACUUCAUGAGCCAAUGGUUUUUAAGAUCAAGAUGAACCCAGCAAGAUGUGUUUUGGCUAACAAGACCUUUGUUCCUAAAAUAUCUUCACAGUUUGGCAUAAAGCCUAGUCUUUUAAAACAGC